AUGGUAGAUCUCGACAAUGGUGCAAGCAAUCACAUGUAUAAAAGUAAAUUGAUGUUCUUGGAGCUUGAUGAAUCUGUUGGUGGCGAUACCGUAUUUGGGGAUGCCACAAAAUUUUCAGUUAAAGGAAAAGCUUUAAAAAUUCCUUCUUCAACUUCUUCUUGGCUAGCUUCUUGUUCAACUUUAUCUCCUAAUUUACAAGUUCGUAGAGCAUAUCUACAAAAAGGACUUUGCCAACCUCGAAAUCAUACUUUUCCGUUGAAGAAAUCCGGAUCACAGUCAAGAAGAUUUAAUGCAAUUUGGUUUACUGAAUAUCCUAAUUGGUUGGAAUAUAGUAUUUCAAAAGAUGCUGCCUAUUGUUUAUGUUGUUAUUUAUUCAAACUAGAAGUUGGAGAACAAUCAGGACGUGACCAUUUUAUUGGUGAAGGAUUUUCAAAAUGGAAGGAAAAAGAGAAAUUGCAAACUCAUGUUGGAGGACCAAAUAGUGCACAUAACCAAGCUUGGGGCAAAUGUGAAGCUCUUUUAAAUCAAAAACAACAAAUUGCAACAUUUUUUAACAAGAUGUCUAAUCAAGCAAGAAUUGACUAUCGGAUUCGAUUAGGUGCAACAAUUGAUUGUGCUCAAUUUUGUUACAACAAGGUCUUCCAUUUCGUGGGCAUGAUGAAAAUGAAGAUUCAAAAAAUCAAGGUAACUUUCUUGAACUCCUACAAUGGUUAUGCAACCAUAAUAAAGAUAUUGAAGUCGUUUAUUUUGAAAAAUGCUCCUGAAAACUUGAAAUUGACUGCACCAGACAUCCAAAAAGAUAUUGUGAACUGUAUUGCAGUAGAAAUUGUCAAUUCAAUCAUACAAGAUAUUGGUGAUAAGUUGUUUUCAAUUUUGAUUGAUGAGUCGAAGGAUAUAUCUUCAAAGGAGCAAAUGUCAACUUCAAUUAGCUUUGUUAUUGACAUGCAACUUCAAGAGUCAAAUAAUCGUUUCACUGAGAAAAGCACCGAGUUGCUUCUUUGUGUGGCAUGUCUCAAUCCAAGCAACUCAUUUACUGCUUUUGACAGACAAAAGCUCAUUUGCCUUGCACAAUUUUAUCCUCGAGAUUUUUCAACUACGGAGCUUCUUAUUCUUGAAGAUCAGCUUCAAAAUUACAUCAUUGAUGUGUGUUCAGAUAAUAUGUUUGUCGGGUUAACAAGUAUUGGUGAUCUUUCUCAAAAAAUGGUGAUAACAGCUAAGGAUAAAGUUUACCCAUUAGUCUAUCGGUUGCUUACCUUAGCAUUGAUCUUGCCAAUUACAAUGGCUACCGUGGAGAGGACAUUUUCUGCUAUGAGCAUUAUAAAGACUCAGUUGCGUAAUCGAAUGGAAGACCAAUGGAUGAAUGAUUGUCUUGUAGCAUAUAUUGAGAGAGAUUUGUUUGAUAAGAUAGAUAAUGAAGUUAUUAUGUAUCGAUUUCAAAAUAUGAAAUCUCGUAGGGGACAAUUGUAA